AUGUGCAGAAAGUACCAGCUGCCGCAACAAGCCUGGGCAGCAGUUAUUCUUCUUGACCUGCGACAGACGUUGCAGCCGAUCUUCAAAAUCCUUGAGUUGGCCACCUCGCCCCAGAUUUCCUUAUCAUACAGCCUCGUCAUCAAGUACGAUAGCCAGAUCAAGGCACUGCUCAAUCACUUCCAUAACUCCUUCCUUUCCACCCGCUCCGAGAUCUCACACACUGAUCCCUUCCAAUGGGUCAUGACCAACGUUUUCAUCCGCCGCAUCCUCCUAGCCCUCCACAGCCAACUCUACCAGGAACCCCACGGCUUAACCCGCUACCCAGUCUCCUACUGGUCCUCCCUCGAAUGCAGCCUCUCCAUCCUCUCCAUCCAGCGCGACCUCUGGGAUACGAAUACAGAUAGGAAUACCUCAUCACUGUCUAUAUCCGAAGAUUCGCCACCAGGCCGCACUGCCUUCGUCGCCCGGCUGUUCCAGCAAGAUUUCUUCCUCGCGGCCAUCACGGUUUGCUUUCACCUCGUGCAGACGCAAUCCCCCUUGGACUCCCCGGAGAAUAGUGAGAAGUGUCAGAUCCGGGCGCGCAGAACGAUUUUGGAGUUGCUUGGGUCUUGUAGGGAUAUUUGGGAGCGAGAGCGGGAUGUUUCUGUUUGUCAUGGGACGGCGUUUGGAAUGAUUGACUCAUUGCUGCGGAUUGUGGAAAAGGAAAAGGAGGGCGAGAGAUGGGGAGAUGGAGGCGAGGAUCCCACUGCCGGUUAA